UCCCUUCCGCUUCCGGUGGGGUCAAGUUUCUGGGUCUCGAAGACUUGUUUGCGUAGCCAUGGCAGUUGCGUUGACACUCUCGCUGGCAGGCCGCGUCCGGGCGGUUGUCGCGCGAUGUGGGUUCGCCACGCGAGGGUUGGCAGGCCCAGAAGCAGUUCGAUUCCACAAAAUCCGGAGACAAAUGGAGACGCCAGGUCCACCUCCCAGAACCCUGACGCGGGAAGCUAUGGACCAGAUCCGCUAUCUACACAAGGAAUUUGCAGAUUCCUGGUCAGUUUCCCAGUUGGCCGAAGGCUUUGAUGUCAGCACCGAUGUUAUUCGAAGGGUUUUAAAAAGUAAAUUUGUACCCACUUUGAAGCAGAAACUGAAGCAGGAUCAGAAAGUCCUUAAGAAGGCUGGGCUUCCCCACUUGGUGCAGCAGCUGCAGGGCCCUGGAGAUGGUGGGAAGAGCCUUGCUGCAGGCCACAGUGCAUUGGGCUCUUUGCUGCUGCCUGGGCAGGAAGCCUUAUCCAGAGGUCAGAGCCACAGCUCAGCUUUGACGGCACUAGAGCCCAGCACUCAGAGUACAGCUGCUCUACAGGAACAGAAGGGAAGGAAUAAAGGAACUCAGGCCUUGGAGAAGGAGAACUUUGUGCCCAUCACUACAGCCUCGGAUCAUCAGAGAGACCGAAGUCCUCCAUCUGACUAUGCAGGCAUUAGAAGCACCAACAACCAUGGCUUGCCAAGUGGUAAGAAACUGGAAGAAUGGAAGGCAGAUGAGCCAGGUGGCCAGAACUUCAGCAGCAGAGUAGUGCAGAGGGGGCGGGAGGUCUUUGACAGCAAUGGAAACUUCCUGUACAGAAUUUGAACCAGGGUGUGGCUUAUGGAGAUGCCAUGUGAAACAGUGGGGCAGAUGGGGAGCUGUUGGGAUUUCUACACCACCACCAUCCCCUUUUAAAACAUUUCCACUGUGUAGCCCAGGCUAGCCUUGAACUCAGGGCAAUCCUGCCUCAGCCUCCAGAAUGCUGGGAUCACAGGCAUGUGCUACUAAUCCUGCCAGGAUUUCUGCAUGUUUUAGUUACCCUGACAUAGAAAAGUGUGAUGAGCCUGGGAUGUGAGCUACUCAGGUAGAGUGAGGCUUGUCGGAGCACUCCCCCACCCCACCUGACCCUGGCGGCUCUUCAGUCUUUGUGCCCCUUCUGCUCGGGCUCUCUGUGUUGAACACUAGUGUUAUGUGUGUUAAGCUGAGUUUCUGUGACACUUGUAGUAAUAUGUUUAAGAGGAAAUGAGUUUGCCUUCUGCCUUCAUUUACUUCUCUAUCCCUAACUACUAAGCCUUCUGAAGCUGCUUAAUCAAUUGGUUAUUUUCCUUAUGUGUAAAAAUAAAGUAAAACAUAGCUGUC